GAAACCAUUGCCGAGCUUGCUGAUGAGAAGAAUGACCCCCGUCGUCGUCCCCGUCCAAGCGGCCCUCCGAGGGCGGUAAGAUCUUCAACCUUGUCACCAAUCCUAAACAAACCACUGGGAUUUGCACAAUCAGCUUAAAGUAGCAAACUUAAUUUGUUUAAGACUCCCUUUCACGUCCUUAUAAAAUAGGUGAUGAGGGGAACUUCGGAAGAAUCACGCUCCCUCAACCCGGAAAUUGCGUAUUUUAUCUGGUUAACAUGUUAGAUCGAUAACUCUGUCAAAAAAAUAGCCAUAGCCUUUUUUCUGGUGAUUGGCAUCACGGUGAUAAAGAAUGGUAUCUUUAAUAAAAUCCUAGCAAACGGUGUUUUAAUAUAAACGGUAACGUAUCAUUGAGCCAUUAUUAUAAAACUCGCAUAGUUUAAUUCUUUUCUCUUAAAAAGUGCAAGCUAUAUUUUAAGAAAUGCUUAAAGAAGCCAACUGGUCCUCGUCCCACACGUCCCAUCAAGGUAAGAUCUUCCCUUUCUUUAUUUUGAACCCUUAUACUUUGAUGUCGAGACGUAGUUUUACAGCAAAAGUGUGUGGUCAACUUAUAUUGUUUUUACACGAUUUGAUGAAAUACAUGGACCAGGUGAGCUCCUUGGUUAUUUUUUUUUUCAGCUGGGGUAGGUUGUUAUAUGUUAGAAAGAGUGAUUAACCUUUUGUCAAGAAAUUAAUCAUAGUUCAUUUUUUUUUCAUAUUCACUGAUGAUUUAGCGUCAGGUGAUAAAGAGGGCCAGCAUCAAUCAAUGAAAAUCCUGACAUGUGAUUAAAAAAAAAAUCAACAAAGUUUUAGAAGUAUCCUACCACAACCUCCCGGAAAUUGCGUAUUUUAUUUGGUUAACAUGUUAGAGCGAUAACUCGGUCAAAAAAAUAGCCAUAGCUUUUUUUCUGGUGAUUGGCAUCAAAAGAUAAAGAAUGGUAUCAUCGAUUGAUAAAAUCCUAGCAAACGGUGUUUUAAUAUAAACGGUAACGUAUCAUGGAGCCAUUAUUAUAAAACUCACAUAGUUUAAUUCUUUUCUCUUACAAAGUGCAAGCUAUAUUUUAAGAAAUGCUUAAAGAAGCCAACUGGUCCUCGUCCCACACGUCCCAUCAAGGUAAGAUCUUCGUUGUCUUUAUUUUGAACUCUCAGACUUUGAUGUCGAGACGUAGUUUUACAGCAAAAGUGUGUAGUCAACUUACAUUGUUUUUAUACGAUUUGAUGAAAUACAUGGACCAGGUGAGCUCCUUAGUUAUUUUUUCUCAGCUGGGGUAGGUUGUUAUAUGUUAGAAAGAGUGAUUAACCUUUUUGUCAAGAAAUUAAUCAUAGUUCAUUUUUUUUUUUUCAUUCACUGAUGAUUAAGCGUCAAAUGAUAAAGAGGGCCAGCAUCAAUCAAUGAAACUCCUGACAUUUGAUUUAAAAAAAUCAACAAAGUUUUAGAAGUAUCCUACCACAGAAGUAUUAAAAAAUUCACUGAAUUCAUCUUCUCUCCCACUUAGAAAAAGAUUUGCAAAAAACUGCGGAAAAUGUGCAAGAAGCUCCGGCCCAGUGGACGCCCUAAGCCUUAACUGAUUGAAAGUUAAGUUAUUGACAGCCCAACGGUACUGAAAAGAUGACGUGUCCCAUGAACAGAAAACUUGAUAUAACGAAAUUAAAUGUAGUUGUUAAGUUAGGGUGGUACUGUUGAUUUAAAUAAAGCAUUGAAAAGGU